UUUUUUUUUUUUUUUUUUUUUGAGAGAGAGAGAGAGAGCACGCAUGCACAUGAUUGGGGAAGGGGCAGAAAGAGAGGGAGACAGAGAAUCCCAGGCAGGCUCCAUGCUGUCAGCACAGAGACAGACACGGGGCUCGAUCCCACAAACCAUAAGUUCGUGACCUGAGCCAAAAUCAAGAGUCGGAUGCUCAACUGACUGAGCCACCCAGGUGCCCCUGUUCUGGUCUUUUCUAAUGGGUCCUGUACUUGUGGUGUGUGUGUUUGCACAGCCACGUGUGUAGUGUGUGUGCAGGCAUGUGUGUGUCACACGCACGUGUGUGGUGGUGUGUGUGUGCAUGUGUAUUGUGUGUAUACGUGCACGUGUGUAGCGUGCACAUGUACACGCACGUGUGUGGUGGUGUGCAUUAUUUCUGUUUCCUCCAAAUUUCUUUUUCUUUAUUUUGGUCUCUGAAUUUAUUGUUAGGGAAGUCCCUGAAAUACCUGAUGUCCUACUAGGACACUCUUCUGGGUGUUUGACAAUAUCAACUAGUUUAAUCCUCACAGUGGCCUUGAAGGCAGUUUCUGUUAUCCCCAUUUUACAAAUAAGGACACGAGGCCCAGGAGAAUUAAAUAGAACUACACGUGGUCGUGGAAUUAAACAACAGCAGAGCAAGGAUCGAAACCCAGCAGUCCUGAGGCUCUUGAAUUGACACUGGUAGCCGCCACACUGUGCUGUUCUGUGGCAUUGUUUCACUGAUAAAAUGGUUGACUGGGACGGGGACAAGGACAGAGCCAUAUGGAAUGUCGUUAGCGGUCUCUCAGGUGACAUCAGUCCAUUCAUCCCUUCUUGCUCAACUUGUUUCACAUCUGCCUCCAGACUGUGUUUCUCUCCCUUGUCCACGGUGGGGGGGGGCUGCUGCAGAAGACUCGGUCAUGUGGCUCCGCAAGUCCAGGGUCUAAGGCAGCAAGAGAAAGAGCCUGGGACGUCAGCUCUAGAGUGACUCGGUCCUCGGGUACAAAACCCUGUCUUUUCCUACUCCUGGCUGUGUGAUUAUGGCAAAUUAGUUAAGCUUCUCUGAACCUCAGUUUCUUCUAUAACAUGAGACCGGUAUCUUGCUGGGUAUUUGUCAGGAUUCAAGGUUAAGUGCCAGAGUACUGUAGGCCUUCAGUAAGUGGUAGCAGUUAUCAUCUGCCAGUCUAGUAAUCCCUUCAAAGAAGGAAAUACAUUAAGAUUACUGGUUUAUUUACAUGAACUCUUGCUAACUCUAUAAUUGUUUCCUCUCCUCUUGAAGCUCACAAAGCAGCCAUUUGAUAACAUGUUCUAGAAUUUUGCCUUGAAUUAACAUCCACAUCACCAGCCUGUAGCUUUUGGCAAUCUGUUUAGAAUUCUUUUUUUAAUUAGAACAAUGUUUGCUUGUCUUCACUCUUCCAUCAACUAACUGUCCUAUUCACUGGAUUCCUCACAUAUCAGCGGGAUCUUCUUUGCGGGUUUGCUUUGUAUUCUGAGGUGUAACCUGUCUAGACAAGAAGACUCGAGCUCCUUUUCAAUAGCUGUAUCUACCUCUGAGCCUAUCUUGGCUUUCAUUUCCUUCAGACCAGUGCUUAUUCUCCUCGUUCCAAUCUGAUACCCGGUUCGCCAUGCAGAGAAAACACGCAAACACGCCAAAUGGGGACUCAGCAAUUCCACUUGACCGUCUCAUACCUCACGUCCUUAUUCGUGCCAGUCUCUAGUGAAAGUCCGCUUUUGCCAAGUCACUGUCGCAAAGAUGCUUGUCCCCUGAGCCUCUGCCUGUCUGCUCUUCCCCUCCCUCCUGCCCCUCAGAGCCCGUGACUGGCUGUCCUCCGUCAGUGAUUUCCCGGCAGUCGCGUUCUCUUCUCUGCACAGUCUCUUCCUCUUACUUGUCACAUUGUCUCCUGAGUAUAGCUUCCUCUGCAGCCCACCUAAACCAUUGAUUUCCUGUUUAUUUCUCCUGCUAACCUGAGGCCUUAGGGGUGGAGGAGGCAUCUUCCUUGCUUCCCAUUUCUACCCCGACCCAGUCUUUUCUUCCUUCAUCUAAAGCCUCACCUCCUCUGACAUCCUUUUUCUUAGUUAUGUAACGUAAAUUUUGAAAAUGGGGAAAUUGGUCAGGAAUCUCUCUCUCACACCUGCUUGCCUCUCUUCUACCCCAUGUCUCCAUCUCAGCCCCCCACUCCUUUCCAUCUCUGUUUUCUGCUGUCCUCGUGUUGGUCUUCCUUUCAGGCUGUGUUUCCCUGUGUGGUGGCGGAGGACGCGGCCACCAGCAGCCUGUGCAGCUUCUUGAAAAGAGAAGUCUCCUUUUCCGGUCACAGAAUUCCCGGACCUGUUUCUCUCUUGAGCUGCCUUACACCAGAUGCCCACCGAGGGAGAGGGGCAGGGGUGUCCCCAAAGAAAGUCUAAGUGUGUUGCCACUGAAAGGAAGUGUGGAUGCCAGGCGGAUCAGAACAGCAGGCGGGGCUCUUGCCUGUCCAGCCCUGUGUGAUAUACCUUCUAUGGGCCUGCUAGACAGACCAGUUUACAACAGCAGCUUAUUCGCGUGAUGGACCACAUCUGUAAAUUAGUUGAUACUAUUCCUGACGAUGAACUGACAGCUCUGGAUUGUGGACAGGAACUGCGUCAGCAUCGGGACAUGAGAAGGAAGCUCCUGGCCGACGCCGACUCAAAUACAAGCGGUGCCCGUGCUCUUGGUUCAGUGUGGAGGUGCUGGCCCGAGGCACUUGGUGGCCCCCCGGAGGACAUGGCGUCUCUUUCCUCUGCAGAGGCAUUUUCAAACAGUGAUUCCUGUCCUACAGGAAGUUGUGUUUUUGUUAAGGAGUUACAUUUUCCACACCUUCCCUCAAAUUCCAACGCUGCUAGGGAAUGUGUCCUGGCCACUACCCCAGGAAAGACAGGAUUCUCAGCCCCCACGAAGAAUCCCUUUGAAAGACCGUUAUUCAGUCCCCAUUUACAGAAGUCCUUUGUAAGUAGCAACUGGGCUGAAACACCAAGGAUAGAAAAAAGAAAUGAAAGCUCUUAUUUCCCGGGAAAUGUUCUCACAAGCACGGCUGUGAAAGAUCAGAAUAAACACACUGCUUCACUAAAUGACUUAGAAAGAGAAAUCCAGGCUUCCUGUGAUGUUGAUAAUUUUGACAUAGAUGACUUUGAUGAUGAUGAUGACUGGGAAAAUAUAAUGCAUAAUUUAGCAGCCAGCAAAUCUUCCACAGCUGCCUAUCAACCUAUUAAGGAAGGUCGGCCAGUUAAACCAGUAUCAGAAAGAAUUUCUUCAGCCAAGACAAACUGUCUUCCAUUGGCAUCUGCUGCUCAAAUUAAAAACUCAGAGUCAAUUCAGAAUUACACUGACGAGUCGGCGCAAAAUUUAGCAUCCAGAAAUCUGAAGCGUGAGCGUUUCCAAAGUCUUAGUUUUCCUCAUACAAAAGAAAUGAUGAAGAUUUUUCAUAAAAAAUUUGGCCUGCAUAAUUUUAGAACUAAUCAGCUAGAGGCGAUCAAUGCUGCGCUGCUGGGUGAAGACUGUUUUAUCUUAAUGCCCACUGGAGGUGGUAAAAGUUUGUGUUACCAGCUCCCUGCCUGUGUUUCUCCUGGGGUCACCAUUGUCAUUUCUCCCCUGAGAUCACUUAUCGUUGAUCAGGUCCAAAAGCUGACUUCCUUGGAUAUUCCAGCUACUUAUCUGACAGGUGAUAAGACUGACUCGGAAGCUACAAGUAUUUACCUGCAAUUAUCAAAAAAAGAUCCAAUCAUAAAACUCCUGUAUGUUACUCCUGAGAAGGUGUGUGCGAGUAAUAGACUGAUUUCCACUCUGGAGAACCUGUAUGAGAGGAAGCUCUUGGCACGUUUCGUGAUUGAUGAAGCACACUGUGUCAGUCAGUGGGGGCAUGAUUUUCGCCAAGAUUAUAAAAGAAUGAAUAUGCUUCGCCAGAAGUUUCCCUCUGUUCCAGUGAUGGCCCUUACUGCCACAGCUAACCCCAGGGUACAGAAGGACAUCCUCACUCAGCUGAAGAUUCUCCAGCCUCAGGUGUUUAGCAUGAGCUUUAACAGACAUAAUCUGAAAUACUACGUGUUACCGAAAAAACCCAAAAAGGUGGCAUUUGAUUGCUUAGAGUGGAUCAGAAAGCAUCACCCACAUGACUCUGGGAUCAUCUACUGCCUCUCCAGGCGAGAAUGCGACACAAUGGCUGACACUUUACAGAAGGAUGGUCUCGCUGCUCUUGCUUAUCACGCCGGCCUCAGCGAUUCUGCCAGGGAUGAAGUACAGCACAAGUGGAUUAAUCAGGAUGGUUGCCAGGUUAUCUGUGCAACAAUAGCAUUCGGAAUGGGGAUUGACAAACCCGACGUGCGAUUUGUGAUCCACGCGUCUCUCCCUAAAUCCGUGGAGGGUUACUACCAGGAAUCGGGCAGAGCGGGGAGAGAUGGGGAAAUAUCUCACUGCCUGCUGUUCUAUACCUAUCAUGAUGUGACCAGACUGAAGAGACUCAUCUUGAUGGAGAAGGAUGGAAACCGUCAUACAAGAGAGACUCACUUCAACAAUUUGUACAGUAUGGUGCACUACUGUGAAAAUAUAACAGAAUGCAGGAGAAUACAGCUUUUAGCUUACUUUGGUGAAAAUGGAUUUAAUCCUGAUUUUUGUAAGAAAUACCCAGAUGUUUCUUGUGAUAAUUGCUGUAAAACCAAGGAUUGUAAGACAAGAGAUGUGACUGAUGAUGUAAAAGAUAUUGUAAGAUUUGUUCAAGAACAUAGUUCAGCACAAGGAACACGAAACAAACCCCCUGCAGGUCCUUCUGGGAGAUUUACUAUGAAUAUGCUGGUUGACAUUUUCUUGGGGAGUAAGAGUGCGAAAAUUCAGUCGGGGAUAUUCGGAAAGGGAUCUAGUUAUUCACGACACAACGCCGAAAGACUCUUUAAAAAGUUGGUACUUGACAAGAUUUUGGAUGAAGACUUAUAUAUCAAUGCCAAUGACCAACCAAUUGCCUAUAUGGUGCCAGGAAAUAAAGCCGAAACUGUACUAAAUGGGCAUUUAAAGGUAGACUUUAUGGAAACGGAAAACUCCAGCAGUGUGAAGAAACAGAAAGCUUUGGUGGCAAAGAUGUCUCAGAGGGAAGAGAUAGUUAAGAAAUGUCUUGGAGAACUGACGGAAGUCUGCAAAUCUCUGGGAAAAGUUUUUGGCGUCCAUUACUUUAAUAUUUUUAAUACUGUCACUCUCAAGAAGCUUGCAGAAUCUUUAUCUUCCGAUCCUGAGGUUUUGCUUCAAAUUGAUGGCGUUACUGAAGACAAACUGGAAAAAUACGGCGCAGAAGUGAUUCCAAUAUUGCAGAAAUACUCAGAGUGGACAUUGCCAGCCGAUGACGGUUCCCCCCGGGUGAGUCCGGGCAGCAGCAGAGGCACCAGAAGAAAUGCCCCUGUGGAGUCCGAUGAGGAAAUGCCCGUAUCUUCUCACUACUUUGCAAAUAAAACCAGAAAUGAAAGAAAGAGAAAAAGGAUGCCAGCCUCCCAGAGGUCGAAGAGGAGGAAGACUGGUUUCGGUGGCUCCAAGACAAAAGGGGGGUCCACCACGUGCAGAAGGAUAUCUGCUAAAAGUAAAUCCUCCAACAUAUUUGGACCCCGUUCGCCUUUGCCUGGUCCCCAAGCAGCACCAGGAGCCAGUAGAAAAUUGGGGAUUAUGGCUCCACCAAAGCCUAUAAAUAGACCGUUUCUUAAGCCUUCGUAUGCAUUUUCAUAACAACCAAAUCUCCAUGUACAUAGAUCUCCUUUCUCGUUUGUCAGCGUCUCACCAUCUGUGAACAUAAAGCUGUUAGUUUUGUUGUACCAUUUGUAAUUUUUAUCCGUAACUAUUAAUAUUUAAAUAAAUGCUUGGGGUGACAGUUCUUAUUUUUAAAAUAAACGUUUUCUUUUGAAUAAGCA